GUAUAAUAUUACUAUGCAUAUUACUCUUCCCCUAUGAAAAGAUUUCUGAAUGGAAAUAUAAAACAUGCAUCAUGUUAUCGGCGUUUUUCGGCUUUAAUAGAAGCAUGUCCUAGUGAAAUCACUCGCAAAGAGCCUCCUAACAGCUUCACUUUCAACUAUGUUUUGGGCUCGAGACAAUUUUCUCUUACUAAAUCUGGUGAAGAUCAUAAUAUUUCCUUGUUUUGUGAUGUGCAGAAUGUCGCGAUGAAGCCUGUCCGUGGUGGCAUAAGUGCCACAGGGCAACCACGUAAGCGCUCAAAAACUCGCGUUAUGAAUAAACGAAGCACACAACACGUUUAUUUUCACUCUGUCCUGAAGCUGCUUCAUGCAUCUUUUCCAUUCUAUGUAGAAGUUCUGUGCCAUGCGCUCCUAGGGCAAAUCGUUUUUGAUAGUGUCUGCUUCCAUAAUAGAGAACCACUUUUCCAAGAGGGGCCUGCAAAAUUUGAUACACAGUUGUCGUAUCGAGGCCCUAACCUCACGCAAUCUUCAUUAGCAGAUCUUGUGGUAAAUCACAUGCCAAGCUCUAGUCCGUUAUGGAAUGGGCCCCAGGCCUCCGCACAGCCUUUUGAUCAAUCAUCGAAUUUUAUUGUCUCCCCUGGAUCAAAUUAUGGACAUUUUCCUGUUCACACUGUCAAUCCUAUCCUGACUGAUAAAAUAGCUUCUCUCUUUAGUAUUUUUGGUAUAGAUGACAAUAUUGCUGAAUUUAUCCAGGAAACUGCUCAACACAUUCAAGCACAGGAGCGAUCUGCUUGGAAACAAAUACUUCUACAAGAAUUGUCUCGCUAGCUGGAUCGAUAACCAAAUAGAAAUGAGAGGAAUAGCUGUUACUACUGACUUGUGUAUUGUCUCUUAUCGCUGUUCAGCUUGCCGUAAGUUGUAUCCUUAUUGGAACUUGCUUUGUGUGAGAGAGUUUUUAUAUCUAUGAUAUUUAUUAUACAA